GCGUGCGUGAAGUGGGUGACGCGGUGACCGAAGCAGACAGACAUGCAGUGGGUACGGUACCUCAUACUCGCGUCGGUGCUCCUGCUGGCGACGGUGGCGGAGGCAGAGCGGAAGAAAUCUGGCAGAGCGAGACAUUCGGGAAAGGGGAAUAAGAAAAAUAGAGACUCUGAGAUGCAAAGGGAAGCUGAAUACCCUAAUGAAACAAAGGCAGCAGAGCAGACCUACCAUGAGGCUCACCUCCGUCACCAUCGUCUUCCGGCGCCGUCGCCGCCGUACUGUUGCGAUCAGUUGGAAAUUCGGAAGAACCUUAGAAUAGAGCAGAUAAAAGAUCGUGUUCUUAGAGCCACAGGCCUGCUAACACCUCCUAACAUGACCGGUGUAGUGAUAUCUCAAAAUCCCAACAUCCAAGGCAUUAUCGAAUCCAUGAAUACAACAGAACCGCAACCAACUUAUAUGCAAGAACCACCCUACAAUGAUGACGAACCGGAAAUCAAAACCGAGAAGAUCUUUUCUCCAGUAGAACCAGGUAACAACUACACUUCACAAUCAGGUAACUAG